AACGCAUUAUUUUGAUGGUUUUUCGAUUUUAAUUAUUUGUUAUUACCCGUUUCAUAGAAAUACAAAAGUAAAAAUGUAGUUGAUAAUAAUAAUUACCGUACUGUUUAUUACCAAUAUAAUAUUAAUCGGUUAUAUUAUGUCAUAUAACAAAUAAAAAUAUAUGUGUGUUUAUACUUUAUAACACAUUUUGACAAGGUAUACACUCGACUUCACGGUUGCCAUUAUAGUCGCAAACAAAUAUUACAGUAUUGGAAGUUUACAAUGUUGCGGAGGUCCAAACGUACAAUUAAAUCGACAGGCACUGUAGAAUGCAGUUCUCAGGAGCCAUCUUUGAAACGAAAACGCAAACCGAAGGAGGUAUCCGAUAGUUCGCACGAAGACAACAGUUCUGGAGAAGAGUAUACAGUUUCGGAUACAAAAUCAGUUGUUAAUUCUUAUGGGCUAAAUUUAUCAGAAUCAGACAGUGAUAGUAGCAUAUUGUGUGACGACAAAAAAAAAGAAAAAUCAAUACCCGUAGAAGACCCAAACCCAAGUAGCGAAAGUGAAGACGAUAUUGUUUGCAAAACUGAUUUUGAUUUUAGCUCUGUAAUUAAAUCACAGAACGCCACUAAAUCUCUUGAAGAAAAUACAAAUUCAAAAUCAUUUACAAGUAAUAAUUCCAAGGUAGAAGAGCGACGCGAUAAAAUAGAUAUCGCCAAAAUGUUGUGUAAGGGGGAAAAAUUAGAAGCAAACCCAAUUUUAGACGAUAUUGAAGAAACAGAAGACGAACAAAAAAAACAAGAUAGAGAUUACAAAAUACCCGAUGUAGUAGAAGUGACUAUAAAAUUGCCUAAUAACGUCAAGUGCAAAAAAGGACAGGAUAUGGAAAAUUUACUCAAACGACGUAUGAACACAAUUAGUAAAGAAACGCAAAUUUUGGUUCACAAAGUUGAUUUACUUUUAUGGAUUUGUUUUGGAAAUCGUUUAAAUAAAAUUCUCAAUUCUGCCGAUGUUAUGGCCUCGGCACUAUCUCUAAUUCCGUCCGAAAAAGCUUACCCGCCGAGUAAAUGUGAUUUGAACUAUUUGGAAAACUAUAUAAAUUGGUUUUCUAAAAAAAUUAAAGUCGCUUCUAAAACUGAGCCUAUAAAAAAAAUAACCGUUUUGUCUUUAGUAGAACAAUUUUCUCAUUGUAUUGCAAGGACGCGUUACGAUUUUAUAGCCAUGUUUAUUUCUAUGCUAAGAUCGUUAGGCUUAAGUGUGAGAUUGGUUAUUAAUUUAAAUGCUGUACCAAUCAAACCUCCUAACACUGAACAACUAUCAAGCACUUUGAACGAUGACAACAAAAUUAAAUCGCCAAAAAGUAGUUCUAAGACCAAGCUAAAGCAAAAAACACCAGCAAAAUCUGAAUACUUUGACAAGAAAACCGGUAAAACAGAUAAUAAAAAAACCGGUUCCAAAAGUGCUCUCAAAAAUAUCAAGUCAAAGUCGAAAGUACGAAAAGAAGAAAUUUCCGACAUUUCAACUGACGAAGAAAUUUUUGUAAAAAAACAAACAAAUGGAAAGUCUAAGGAUGUUAAAAAAUCCCCAGCGAAAUCUCGGACAUCAAAUAGAAAAAGUAGUUCGUCAACAACCAAUAAAAGUCUGACAAACGAAAACAAAAAUUCUAAAAGUAAAAGAAAUUUGCUCAAAGAAAAAAUUGAUCGCCGUGUUUUAUCCACCGACGAAGAUAACCAUAGUUCAGAAGAAAUUAAGAUAAGCAAGAAAAUCAAAACAGAUAUUUGGGCCGAAGUUUUUCUUGAAAUGGAAGAAAAAUGGUUUUGCGUGGAUGUGCUCGGCAAACGUAUUCACUGCAUCAAAGAAAUCUAUAACAGCACAUCUCAUCCCAUGCGUUACGUUUUAGCGUGGUACAACGAUAACAGCAUUAAAGAAGUGACAAAACGAUAUGAUUCACAAUUUCACACGUUAACUAGAAAGAUUCGUGUUGAUAAAAAAUGGUGGGAUUCAACGUUGAGACCGUAUAAACCUUCGUCGUCUGUUAGAGAACGUGAAGAAGAUGAAGAUCUAGAUAAACAACUCCAAGACGUAUUACCCAAAACUAUUUCCGAGUACAAGGACCAUCCGUUAUAUGCACUCGAAAGACACUUGCUCAAAUUUCAAGCAAUUUACCCGCCCGAGCCACCGAUUAUUGGUUACGUACGCAAUGAACCAGUAUAUUCUCGGGAAUACGUUCACGAGCUCAACGGUCGAGAAAACUGGCUAAAAGAAGCUCGUGUAGUGAAAAUUGGUGAACAGUUCUACAAACAAGUCAAAGCGCGACCUAGAUUCGACCGAAACGGUGUGAGAACAGACCCUCCUCCAUUAGAACUAUUCGGCAUAUGGCAAACCGAACCUUACGACCCACCAACAGCUACUGACGGUAAAGUACCAAGGAAUUGUUACGGCAAUGUGGACUUAUUCAAACCUUGUAUGUUGCCAAAAGGAACCGUCCAUUUACAGCUUCCCGGCUUGCUUCGUAUUGCGAAAAAAUUGGACAUAGACUGUGCACCCGCGGUCGUGGGCUUCGACUUUCAUUCUGGCGGUUCACAUCCAGUUAAUGACGGUUUCAUAGUGUGUCAGGAGUACAAAGAGACUCUCACAGAUGCUUGGAAUCAGGAGAUGGAGGAGAGCCGUAAACGAGAGCAAAAACGCUACGAAGACAGAGUGUACGGCAAUUGGAAACGUUUAAUAAGAGCCGCUUUGAUUCGCGAAAAACUGAAAAUUAAGUAUAAUUACUUUGAAGACGACAAAAAGAGACCGUCAACUUCUAAAGUAUUGAAUAAAAAAUAAUAAGUUAAAAUUGACAGUUUCAUGUCUAAUAAUAUGUUAUAACUUUACUGUGUUUGUACCAAUUUGUAUUAUUAUUAUUUUUACUUUUGUUAUGAAUUUUCUUCUUGUUUCCUUUUUACGUAUUGUUAUUGUUAAAUAUUAAUAUACUACUUAGAAGUGUACUAAAGCCGCAAUACAUUUCAUUGUAAAAUAUUAAAAUA